AUGGCAGGGGACGGCUGCAGUGUGGGAGGCCACGAACCCUCCGGCCUGUCACAGGCCCUCACGGGUGCGGGUCUGUGGCUGCGCUGGACGGGGGACUACAGACAGGCAUCAGUGGGAGCUGCGGCCGGUGUUUCUGUUCCCAGCCCGUCACCUCCUUCCGAAACGUUGCCGCGGCCAGUGGAGCCGCGAGUCCUGCCCUGGGGCCCGUGGUAUCCAGAUCCGGGCCCACCUGGCAGCAAGGCCCAGAGCCCACAGGACCCGGAGAUGGGCACAGACGUGCUGGAUGCCCACGUGGCUCUUGAGAACGUGUCCCUGGCCGACAUCCUGUCGCUGCGGGACAGCGGCCUCAGCGAGCAGGAAGCGUGGGCCGUGUGCCUGGAGUGCAGCCUGUCCAUGAGGAGCGUUGCCCACGCGGCCAUCUUCCAGACCCUCUGCAUCACGCCUGACACCCUGGCUUUCAACGCCAGCGGGAACGUGUGCUUCAUGGAGCUGCUCAGCGAUGACCCCGAGGGUGCCUUUGUUCCCCCGGAGUUCGAUGUGACCGGGAACACCUUUGAGGCUCACAUCUACUCUCUGGGGGCCACGCUGAAGGCGGCCCUCGAGUAUGUGGCCGAGCCCGAGCCCGAGCCCGAGCCCAGGCUGAGCCAGGACCUGGAGGCCUUACUGAGCCAGAUGCAAGCAGAGAACCCCAGGGACCGGCCAGACCUCCAGAGCAUCAUAGCGCUGUGUGAAAAGAAGAUGCUUUUCACGUCCUCCUGCCGCCUGUGCCGGAGCCUCUCGGCCGUCGGGAGGAGGGUGCUCUCCAUUGAGUCUUUCGGAGCAUUUCAAGAUGUCAGCGAGAGCUCCUGCAGCGGGAGGCCGGCGACAGGAAGCACAGGGCCCAGAAAGCAGCCCGGGGGCCGCACCGCGGACCCAGAGGGCCCCGCCCAGCGCCCCGCCCACGAAGCCCACGGCGCCCCGGAGCAGCCCGCGGCCCUGCCUUCCAAGCCCCUACUGUCGGCCCCCGUGAGAAACGGAGAGCGGCUGGCCAGCCUCGUCUUGGACGCCCAGCGCCCCCUGGGUGACCCGGAGAGGAGCUGCCUGAGGAAAGUGCAGACGUUCCCCCGGCUCCUGCCCGACGGCCCGGAGGCCAGCGCCCUCUGCCUGACGCUGGGCCCCCAGCUGCCCCCAUCGGAGCUCUUCCCUCCAGACCCCAGGAAGGCCUUUCUGGAGGGGAUGAAUGGCCUUUCCAGCUACAAGACACAGCCCUCGGCCAGACUGCGGCCAGAGCAGGAGCCCGAGAUCCGGCGGGGAGGACCCGGAGGCGCCGGCAGAGGUGGGGACGGGGCGUCUGGGGCGCCGGGCUGGGGCCCCACGGAGGAAAGCCCCGCGCCCCGCCCCAAGGCCCCUGGAGAUGCAGGCCGAGAGCCCGGGACUUGCAGGGCUGAGGAGGGGAUUCUGGACGGAGCUGGGGAGCCGGCUAGCACAGCCACAGAGCAGGGCAUCUCCCUGCAGGACCUCCUGUGCCAGCUGGGCCGGCCCUUCAAGGAGUAUGAGCUCUGGGCUCUGUCCCACGCGUGUCUCAGUGCUCUGCGUGCACACAGCGAGCACCCAGCAUACCUGUGCCUGGACUCCGUGCUGGUGGCCGAGGACGGGGCCAUUCUCUUCGGCCCACCCCCUGCCAAUGGCACUUACGACACGUUUUUUCUGGCUCCUGAAGUUGCAGACCAAGAGCUGGUGACAGAGAAGGCCUCCGUGUACUGUGUGGCUGCGGUCCUGUGGACGGCAGCCAAGUUCAGUGUUCCCCGAGACCACAAGCUGGCCCUGCCUCGCAGGCUCAAGACCCUCCUCUUGGACAUGGCUAGACGCAGCGCCCAGGAGCGGCCGUGUGCGGCAGAGGCCAUCAAGGCGGUAGAUGAUGUCUGCUGCUCACCCCCGGACCACCCCAUUGUCUCCGUGGGUUCGCCAGGCCAGGGUGGCGCUUCAGAGGAGGCCGUGUCACAGCCCCAGGGUGAUGGGACUAGCGCUCCAAGUGGCUGCUCACUGUCCAGCAAAAGGCCAUCGUUGCACGGGGCGGGGAAGGAGAAACCGGCCACCACUCGCGUCAGCCGAGCCCCCUGCCCGCCCCCACCACUGUCCGACGUGGACGCAGACGAGCUCUCACGGGGUAACUUUGAGGUGGGAUUCCGGCCUCAGAAGUCUGUCAAAGCCGAGCGGGAACAGCAGCCGGAAGCCGGAGAGCACGGGCAGCAGGGUGGGGGCCCCGAGGCAGUGGCCCGGCUGCCCCGGCCCAAGGACGGCGGCCUGGCCGUGAACCCCGGCCCGGCGGACCUCCAGAGCUGCAGCCCCGGCUGGUGCAGUGCCUUCUACGAGGCCGACUGCUUCGGCGCCGACGUCUACAGCUACGUGCAGGAGUUGGCAAGGCAGAAAGCCGGUGGGGCCGUGGAUGCCGACGCCCAGAGCCCGGAGCUGGAGCAGCAGCUCAUGAUAGAGAAAAGAAACUACCGGAAGACUCUGAAGUUCUACCAGAAGCUCUUACAGAAAGAGAAGCGAAACAAAGGUUCCGAGGUGAAGACCAUGUUGUCCAAACUGAAAGGGCAGCUGGAAGAAAUGAAGUGCAAGGUGCAGUUCCUUGGACUGGUCAAGAAGUAUCUGCAGGUCAUGUACGCCGAGCGGUGGGGCCUGGAGCCCUGCGCCCUGCCCGUGAUCGUGAACAUCUCGGCGGCCCACUGCGACACGCUGGAUUUCAGCCCCCUGGACGAGUCCUCGUCCCUCAUCUUCUACAACGUCAGCAAGCACCCGCGCGGUGGCAGGCAGAGGAAGGCCCGCGUCCUGCAGGCCGGCACGCCCCUGGGGCUCAUGGCCUACCUCUACUCCAGCGACGCCUUCCUGGAGGGCUACGUGCAGCAGUUCCUGUACACCUUCCGCUACUUCUGCACACCCCACGACUUCCUGCACUUCCUGCUGGACCGCAUCAACAGCACCCUGUCCAGGGCUCACCAGGACCCCACCUCGACCUUCACCAAGAUCUACAAGCGAAGCUUCUGCCUCCUGCAGGCCUGGCUGGAAGACUGCUACACCGUGGACUUCACUCGGAACUCCGGGCUCCUGGGCAGGCUGGAGGACUUCCUCUCUUCCAAGAUCCUGCCCCUGGACGGCUCUGCAGAGCACCUGCUGGGCCUCCUGGAGGUGGGCACUGACCGGCGGGCCGAGGGCACCUCACGUGGCACAGACCUGGAGGGCCCCAAGGAGGCAGAGGAGGACACCAGGCCUCUCAACGCCCUCUGUAAGAGGCUCUCGGAAGACGGCAUCUCCCGGAAGGUGGGGGCCUUUCCCGGACUGGGGGGACGGGGGGUCUCCUGGGGCAGAGGCAGCACAGCCCAGAGAACGUGCCCUGAACAUCUGCGUCCUUGUCUCCGACAGGAAUUGUUUCAAAAGUGCCAUCCCGUCCACUUCUUAAACUCCCGGGCCCUGGGCGUCAUGGACAAAAGCGUGGCCAUCCCCAAGGCCAGCUCCUCCGAGCCUCCGACCGCCAAGACGUGCAGCUUGUUUCUGCCCAACUACGUCCAGGACAAGUACCUGCUGCAGCUUCUGAGAAGUGCGGACGACGUCAGCACCUGGGUGGCCGCUGAAAUCGUGACCAGCCACACCUCCAAGUUGCAGGUGAAUUUACUGUCCAAAUUUUUGCUGAUCGCGAAGUCUUGCUACGAGCAAAGGAACUUUGCGACAGCCAUGCAGAUCCUGGGCGGCCUGGAGCACCUCGCAGUGAGGCAGUCCCCCGCCUGGAGAAUCCUACCCGCGAAGAUAGCAGAGGUCAUGGAAGAGCUGAAAGCCGUGGAGGUCUUCCUGAAGAGCGACAGCCUGUGUCUUAUGGAAGGACGGCGCUUCCGGGCCCAGCCCACUCUGCCCUCGGCGCGCCUCCUGGCCAUGCACAUCCAGCAGCUGGAGACGGGGGGCUUCACCAUGACUAACGGGGCCCACAGAUGGAGCAAGCUCAGGAACAUAGCCAAGGUGGUGAGUCAGGUCCACGCGUUCCAGGAGAACCCCUACACGUUUGCCCCCGACCACAAGCUGCAGUCCUACCUCAAGCAAAGAAUCGCCCGCUUUAGCGGGGCUGACAUCUCCACAUUGGCGGCCGACAACAGGGCCUCCUUCCACCAGAUCACCAGCGAGAAGCACUCCCGCAAGAUCCAGGACAAGUUACGGAGAAUGAAAGCCACGUUCCAGUAA